GCACUUUGAAGUCACAGCCACAUUUGACUUCCUCGCGCUUGGUCUCGUGACUCCCUUGCUGGUCAGCUGAUACCUUUGUCAGAUUAAUAAAAGGUUUAUCAGAUAACUACGUUGAUAUCAUUUACCCCGACAAAGGAAAAAAUAUGCUGUCUCGGUUGCUAAAGGAACACCAGGCGAAGCAAAACGAGCGGAAGGAGCUGCAGGAGAAACGCAGACGUGAAGCAAUAGCAGCAGCCACCUGUCUGACCGAAGCUCUAGUAGACCAUCUCAACGUUGGUGUCGCUCAGGCAUACGUAAACCAACGCAAACUGGACCAUGAAGUGAAGACACUGCAGGUACAGGCGAGCCAGUUCUCCAAGCAAACUGCUCAGUGGAUCAGCAUGGUGGAGGGUUUCAAUCAGGCUUUAAAGGAAAUUGGGGAUGUUGAGAACUGGGCUCGCAGUAUUGAAAUGGACAUGAGAACGAUUGCCACAGCUCUGGAGUAUGUACACAAGGGCCAGCUUCAGUCUGCUGCUUCGUAAACCUCUCCAUAUGUUUGGGACAACUAUACUGGAAUAAAACAAGAGUCCAGACUGGUGGAGCUUAUUAAAACUCUGCCUGCUGCUCUGAGAGGACCAAAGUGGGUUUCUCACAGUAGUUUGUUGUAGUUUAAACACGUUUCACUGACCAGGUGUUUGGUUCGUCAUCAGGAGGAUGAGCACACGAUGAUGUCUGAGGAAAAACAAGAAUACUUUCAGCAGGUUUUGUCAGGAUGUUUCUCUGUAAUAGUUAUUUAUUUUUGGGUAAAUGCUGAAUAUACCUUUAAUAAGUGGAGAAAAUAAGGUUAACUUAUGAAAACUCUAAGGCGUCACAGACAAAUUACUACCACUCACUGUCUGAGGUACCUCUGGAUUUGCUUUUUGCACCGUAGCUAACAUAUCUAAACACGUUUUUGCAGAAGUUGGCUGUUUUUGUUGCUGCCAUGUAGUUUUGGAUGAUUUUAAUAAAAAUGGAACUUUU